UUUAGCCUAGACGAGAGGUGCUUGCGUUACGACGCCAUUCCCGGUUAAAUUUGAUUCGAAGUUUAUUACGCAGGCCAUCCACGCCUUGGCAAAUACGAUAAAUAUGUCCAAAUCGUUCCUGGUGGAUUCUUUGAUUUUGAAGCAACCCGGCCCUAAGCAGACGGCAGUUUCGCAUCCGCAGUAUGGAGGGUUUACGGCCGCACACCAACAUCACCAACAUCGGCUGGUUGAGAGGCAGCUGUUGGAUUCCUGCGGAUUUCCCCAAGGUCCACCAAAUAUCUACGGGACGUGUUGUCCACUCUGCGUCCAUCCAGCGACCGCAGCGUCUAUCACAGCGUCCAUCCCACCACUGCCCGCUAGAACUACUGCUCAUCAUCACCACCAUCGUCAAUUAGUCGGACACUUGACCGCUGGUCAACCGCCACGCAAUUUACAUCACGCUGUGAGGCCGGCGAUGUCCUCCCCGAAGCUGUCGUCGACUCCGUCGCCGCCACGCCCAGAGGUUGCCAUGGAAGAACGUUACAAACGCGUGCAAGAGGCGAAGUUUCGCUACUUACAAAUGGUAAUCGUUUCAGACACCAAUGGCAAAGCAGACGAUCUUCCCAGUAGCAAGAGGAUAAGAACCGCAUUUACGAGUACACAGCUUCUGGAGCUUGAGCGCGAAUUUUCUGGCAAUAUGUAUUUGACACGUCUCCGAAGAAUCGAGAUAGCCACUUACCUAAAUCUUUCGGAAAAACAGGUGAAAAUCUGGUUUCAAAAUCGACGCGUGAAACAAAAGAAAGAGAUCGAGGGGACGGCGGAGACGACCGAAAAAUGCCGAUGCCUACGGACGUGUCCGACGCGACAGCGAGGUGGCGAGAAUGACGUCAUCCAUGACCACGAUCACCUCUUAGACUAG